CUCAUCAUCAUCAUCCAUCAAUCAAUCAUGGCAGACGCCGAGGUCGACACACGCUCUGCGCAGCAAAAGUCUGCCGACGUUGAUUUUGCGUCCAUGGCGGAAGCAGAGACCACCAACUUUGACAAGGAGCGUGCCGAGAAGGCUUUCCAGGAAGUGAACGAGCAGCGUGAGGCCGCACGGCGUGAAGAGAUCAUGCGCAAGCUGGCACUGGCACGGGUUCAGGUCGACGAGAACGACGUCCAGCGCCUCGCCUACCACCUCGAUCUGCCCAUCAACGACGCCGACACCCUCCUUCGCGAGCACAACGGCGAUCUAGCUGCGGCUCUGGCUGCCUUUGUCGACACCUCUGUCGCCCCCAACCCGGCAUCGGCCUAAUCGCCCCUCUUUCUCCCUUCCCCUGCAUCAAUCGACGUCGGUCGGUCGCCAUCGGGCCUGGAUCGUCAGGCUGGAACAGCUGUUCCGCGCCCGGGACUAUGGGCUUGGCCAGCUACGCACUCGAGUAUCAAGCUUAGCUCUCAAGACAUCGAACUCUAGCUGGGCACCUCUGCCUCUCCCGCUCCCUCCCUCUCCCUUUCUCCUCUCCGCGCUCCAUCUGCUUCCGAUCGACCGAGUCGCAUAAACCGUGCUCCACCCUGA